AUGGAAUAUGACUUACACAGGAAAAAGACACUAACCUCUGUUUUGAAAGGCAGCACUUAUAAAAUGCAUGAUCGUGUCGAAUUUGCUGAGCUUACAAAAUGUUGGUUGUCAGCCUCCAAGGAAAAAAUAAUGAAUCCUCUCCAUCAUGACAUCUGCUGGGGCUCUCCUUUCAAGCUGCGGCACGUGACAACUAUUUUGAAAGUACAAGUCCCUUCUGAACAAACCAUAGAGACCGAAAGGAAUUUGGAAUGCCAGAGAUUUGAGAAGACUGAGCUCCAACGCAAGGUUGAACAGCAGGGAGAGGCUGAACUAAAAAGCAGGAUUCUUCUGGAAAGAAGGCCACUGCCCCCAAGUGGUUCUGAGUAGGUCUUACUUACAUCUACGGUUGUAGUCUGUGUAUUUCUCUGAGUUACUGUGGUCCAGCCAGUGACUGAACCAGCAGGCAA